AUUUAUCCCGUGAAAGAACAGCCCAACCCAAGUGAACACUCUGUCCAUAUCCCAUCAUGCCCUGAGCUAUAAUACUUCGCGACCCAUUGCGGUCGACCUUCCUAACCUACGUCAUCAUGCCUGCGGAAUCCUUUUUCUCCCUCACCGGCAGCAGCACGCCAACGCCGGUCAUGAAUAACGGCAAGCGGAAAGGCAUAGUUGUUUUCUCCGGCGGUAGCGCUGCCAACAACCUCGUUGAUGUUUUCAAGACUGUCAGAGAGAAUAAGAAGUGCCAUCUAAGCUAUGUUAUCCCGAUCAGUGACAAUGGCGGGAGCUCGUCUGAGUUGAUAAGGGUGUUCGGAGGGCCUGGUAUCGGUGAUGUACGAAGUCGUCUCGUCCGUCUCAUCCCAGAUGACCCCGAUCACGACGACAGCGAGAAAGCCGCUAUCAAGGUCUUCUUCAACCAUAGACUUCCGAAAGACAGGGAUGCGGCAAAGCUGGAAUGGCUGCACAUCGUCGAAGCGGACCAUUCUCUUUGGACCAAUAUAACAACAGCGAAGAAAGAGCUCAUCCGAGCCAUUCUCAAUCUGGUCAACUUUGAGAUCUUGAAGAGGCGCAGGCCGAGCUCCACGUUCGACUUUUCCGGUGCAAGCAUUGGGAAUCUAUUUCUGACAGGCGCUCGCCUCUUUACGGGCUCCUUCGAAUCGGCUAUCUACCUUCUCUCAAGCGUGUGCUCAGUACCUAACCACACCUCAGUCCUGCCCGCCAUAAACACAAACUUUACGCACCACAUCUCCGCGGGCCUCGCUAACGGUAUGGUCAUCACCGGCCAGAACUCCAUCUCGCAUCCCUCAGUAACCACGGCUUUGGACAACGCAGCCCCAUCCAAAGACGAAGAUACGGAGUACCACGAUGCCAUCGAGGAUGCAAAUCUCCCCGGAUCCCUCCCCACGCUAAGAAAGCAAUACAUCAACUUCUCCAAAGCAGACGAAGACGACCUCCCCGCCCGGAUAGAACGACUAUGGUACAUCAACCCCUACGGCCAAGAAAUCCGCCUCGCCGCGAAUCCAAUAGUCAUCAAUGCUCUCAGAGAAACCCAAGCAGUCAUCUACAGCAUCGGCUCCCUCUACACAUCUCUCAUCCCCUCCCUCAUCCUCAAAGGCGUCGGCGACGCCAUUGCGAAUCCCGCCAUACGCUACAAAAUCCUCAUCCUCAACUCGACCACCGACCGCGAAACAGGCCCCUCCUCUUCCCCUUUCUCCGCCAUGGACUUCGUCGCCGCGAUCGCUAAAGCCGGCGCAGAGAGCAGAAGUUUCGUGGGAGAGGCCGGGAAGCAUGAGUAUGGCGCUUAUGUGACGCAUUUGAUACAUCUAACGGGACCGGGGACGCCGAGAGUGGAUAAAGAGGCGCUAAAUGAGGUUGGGAUUGAGACGAUCAAGGUCUAUGGGAGGCGGGUGGAAGGGGAGAGCUUUGUUAGGUAUGAUGAGAAAGCGUUGAUUCAAGCCUUGGAGGUCACGCUGGGGAGGGAGCAAAGGCCUGAGAAGAGCCGGAGAAAUACGCUUGAGGGAUAGAUGAGAGGUUCGCAGCUCUAAUAUGAGAAGUGACAGAGCCAUCGUCACUGUUGAUGUUCUGGUAUAUCUAACUAAAUAUCGCAUCCAACCGCUCAUCAGCGAUCAAGGUAGCCAUUCUUCUAUGCCCGCUGAAAAGAUAGCCCACCGCAGAGGCGCCAAUGCAAUAUAUGCCGAGUAGUA